GUUAUCACCAGGUGUCAGUGUCACCCAAUAUGGCUGCACCCUUGAAGCCGUGGGAGAGAGCUGGUGUUAACAGUCAAAAUCCAGGCCCCGCUCCCGUCAACAGCAUGUCUGGGGGUACACCUGCACCAUGCUGUGUUCAGGGCACAACCAGUGCACCACCACCAGUUCCAACUCGUCCUUCUCAGAAUACAUUUGGAGCCCGUCCAUAUGCAGGAGGGUAUGGUAUGGGAAGUUCACUAGGUUACAGCCCUUAUUCCUCCUAUGGUGGUGGUAUGUAUAACAGCCCUUAUAGCUCCUAUGGCAGCUAUGGGUAUGGUGGUUAUGGAGGAGGAUACAAUAGAUUCGGUGGAAACCAGGAUUCAAUGGGAACAUUUGCCCGCCAAGCAGAGGAGAAUUCUCGGCCAGCCUUCCAGGCUAUUGAGAAUGUUGUGAGUGCAGUGACUUCUGUAGGAAUGAUGAUGGACUCGACCUUCCAGGCAGUGUAUAAUUCAUUCCGGGCUGUGAUCGGUGUGGCUGACAACAUGUCCAGACUGAGGAGUCAGCUUGUUUCUGUGAUAUCUGCUUUAGCUUUCAUUCGGACCCUUAAAUACAUCUACAGGCGCUUCUUGGAACUGCUGCGAUUGCGACCACCAGGUCAUGCAGCCCAGGCCUGGAAUGAUGCUGUCUCCCAGGCUGCAGCCAAACUGGCCCCUGGGGAACCCACACCCAAGAACAGUGCCUGGCCCAUUUUCAUGUUCUUUGGCAUCAUCCUUGGAGGUCCCUGGCUUAUCUGGAAAAUCCUCAGGUCCUUCUCAACUGGCAUUGAUGAGACCAACAGCUGGGCAAACGGGGACGAGGAUCACUUUGUUGCCCGAGCUGAGUAUGACUUCCGUGCAAGCAACAACAAUGAACUAUCCUUCACUGCCGGACAGAUGAUCAACAUUGCUCCUAAAGAGAUGCAGCCCAAGGUACGAGGGUGGCUACUUGGAUCUGUGGAUGGAAGCAAUACAGGGCUGUUGCCAGCAAACUAUUUGAAAGUGCUGGGAAAGAGAAGAGGAAAGAAAUACCAGACUCCGUCUCCCGAGGGCGUUCCAGCCCCAGCAGCCACCAUCACCCCAUCACAAAGUUCUUUCUCUCUCACUGAGCCCACCCCAAGCUCCACAACCAUGAACUCUGUGCCUGAAAGUGACCUUGACACUGUCUUCAAUGAGGGGACAUCUGCAGAGCUGGAUGCAUCUGACAUUUUAGACAAAUGUGCUUCCCAGGACAAUGACCCUGAGUGUCCUUCUGUGUCUCAGACUGUGCCUACAAAGGACUGCUGUGCUGGCAAGUCAACGUGAGGGUCGGUAAUGGAUUGUUUGUGAUUUUAUUUGUACAUGCGCGAAUCUGUGAGAUUUCUUAAUGUUGUCAAUUAUUACUUUGUACAUAUUAAUAAUAAUCCUUGGUAAGUACUUGUUAUUUCUUAUUAAAACAAAAUGGAGGGCUUUUCAGUUUAUCACCAUGCAUAUACGACAAAUUUGUUUCUCACUUUUUGCUUAUUUGCUGGAAACUUUAGCUGUGUCAUGUUGGCUGUCUUCAUAUGACUUCAGUAACAUUUUAUGCUCACCUGGAUUAAAGUCAGGUGAGUUUGUGUUAUCUAUGUCUGCCCAUUUUUAACUUUCUGCUGUGAAAAAUACAAGACCUCAUGAGCUAAAACUUUAAGAAAUAACAGCUAUGAUGUUGAUACAAAGUGCAUGAUGGCCUCAGAGAAAAUGUCAUUUCUGGCCAUCUCUCAGCCUUUUCUGCUUGAAAAAAAACAUAUAAGAUUUUUUGUCAUAGUUUGAUUUUCCUAAUUACCUAACAGCAUUUAACUUUCACGCGCCAAGUUUUGUAGUCUGACAUUUGUCUUACCUUAUACUACAAAGGCAAGAGGAAACUUUGUACGAAUGAUUCCAGAUAUGGAAUAUCUGCAUAUUUUCUCAUUUGAUUCUGAUGUAAUAUGGCCACCAUGGCCACUAUAGACUAUGAGUCAGCCAUCCUUUUUCAAAUAGGUGUUAAAUUUGGUGUGUCUAGUUAGGCAAAACAUACAUGUUCCCUGUAUAUGAAUUUUGAUCCAGAUUCAUCCUUUAAAGCGUAAUAGCCUGUGUCACCGAAGUGAAAAUGCUGUUGUACGACAUUUGGAAACCUUAUCUUUAACCCCAACCAUGCACUUGCCUACCAAUGAGUACCAUCAUGUUAUCUGCAUAUAUUGGGGAGCAAUGGCAAAAAGUAGGUUUCUGCAUGAUGUCUGAAUAAUAAUCAUCAGAUAUUGAACAUUGGAAGAGGCUUGAAGUAUCAAUCGGAUGGUCCAGACACAUAUGAUAAUCCUUCAAUAGUAUAUAUAUAUAGCAGGAAAUAGUGAAGCAAGCUCAAGCAGGCACAAUGUGUUCACAGAUAGCUGGUCAGCAAUUUUGCCAGAUUUACUGGUGUGUUGGUUACCCCAGGGCUUGUCAUAGCCGAAACAGCCAUUGCUUCAGUUGUGGAGGCAUGGGCUAUUGUCCCGCAGUAUCUCAAAGAAUGGCCUUUCCAGCCUCUACUCUUGAUAACCUUGACACUGACUGUAUUGCUUUCUUAAUAUUUGAAAAAUCAAAUGAAACUAAAAAAAGUUGAAAUUUUGAUCUUCAGGAUUACUUUGCGCGCAGGUCUCAAACUUUGUGUAGAAGAUCCAAUUGUAUUCAUGGUAUCAUUUUUCUAACGUGUAAUGCACAAAAACCUUUUGUUUCAUUUUACCUGAAUCUUUCAGGGUAUUGUAACUUGAUGCUGAUAUGUGUACCAGAAUGUUUGUCAUAAGUCAAGUGAGCUACAGAACCUGGGGUCUCAAUUUCUAUAGAUCAUUUUGAUCAUCCGGAGCAUUUUGAAGCAGUAAUCUGGGUUUUAUGCACAAACUAAUCAUGUACAAUUGUUUCUACAGGUAUACUUUCCUAUCUGUAUAGAUAUGUUGGUAUCAAAAGUGUUUCACUAUUCAGGUCAACAACAUCUACUCCAGACACUGAUUCAAUUUGCUAUCCAGUACACAGGCUGCAUGUAUAUUAAAAUUGUGUUGGAUAAAUCAUGUGCCAUCUUGUGUUGCAUAUAAAUAAAAAAAUAUGUUUGAUAUAUCACAUUUUCCCUUUUGUAUUGAGACUAAUUUGACGUAUGCAAUUAUAUAAUAUACUGUUUCAAUGCAAUUCUGAGGUAAAAUUGAUGUAACUUUGAUGUACAAAUGGAUCCUUCAUGUGGACAUUCUCAGUGUCUUGCUGUGUUUCAUCAUGCACCAGUUGUGUGGAUCACAUCUAAAUCCUUCAGUUACAGUGGCGGUGGGGUAGCCUAGUGGUUAUAGCGUUCGCUCUUCACCGGAAGACCCGGGUUCGAUUCCCCACAUGGGUACAACUUGUGAAGCCCAUUUCUGGUGUUCCCCGCCAUGAUGUUGCUGGAAUAUUACUAAAAACGGCAUAAAUCCAAACUCAGUCAGUCAGGUUUGGCUAGGCAUGACUAUAUUAUGUGGCAGUUUUAAGAUAACAGUCAACAAGCACUUUUAGAAAAGUAUGUUUGCCUAAUCUGUGAUGCUGUGCAGUAAGCACUCAGUAAUGACAUUAAAAUGAACCUGAAAAUAUUUUUCUUGUUUCCUACUGGCUCGUUAUCAUUUUUGCUAUUUUUUAUGGGUUUACAACAAUACCACCCCAGUAUUGUUGACUUCAUACUACUAAAAUAAUGUGUUGAGUGUCACCCUAGUUAACAAAUCAUUAUGUGCUUCUGAAAACAGACAUACCUGCAUACUGAAAAUUACGGUCCUUAUAAAACAUCAACACAAAAUAAGAAUCCUACCUUACCUAAUUUUUGCUUCUACUGAAAGCGUUUUGGGAGUUUAGUGUUUGUUUGUGUAUAUUUAUUUCGGUGGGUAGGGGUGUCGGUUAAGGAGGAACAGGAGGAACAUCCACCAAAAACAUGAGGUAUGGUUUGUUGGAGAUGUUAUCAGGUGUGUGUGGAAGUGAGAUGUGUAAAAUCUGUAUGUACAUCAAUCACCAAGAAUUGUACAUGGGUCUGAGCAAGGUAGCUGUUUAAAAACAAUUAUGAUUUUAUCAUUGUAUAAGAUGUUAUAGAUCAACUCAUUUUUCAGGAAAUAAAAACUCUAUAUGUUAGA